AUGAUUGCCAAAACAGAACCUGACGUCCAGACCAACUCUGGAGUCCCUGUGGCCCAAUUCCUUCCUGAAGUACUCAAGGAUUCUCUAGAUGAGAAGAUCAUCCUCAUCGUUGGUGGUGCCAACGGCAUUGGAGCUAGCCUCGUUGAAAUCUGCUGCGAGAACGGCGCUUACGUUGCCAUUGGUGACAUUGAUGGCGCUCGCGGAGAGCAGGUCGCAAGGAAGUGCAUUCAACAAUGGCCGGUUUACUCCGACCCCGCUCUCCCUCCCAAGCCUCCUCGUGCGGUCUUCCAGAGGACAGACGUGACCGACUACCAAUCCGUCUUGGACCUUUUCGAGAACACCUUCAAAAAGUACAAGCGCAUCGAUCACGUCGUUGUCACCGCGGGCAGCACGGAGACUGAAGCCCCAUGGUUUGACCACGCGUUGAACCUCAGCGACAUCCGCAAGGCACCUUCCCGGAAGGACAUUGAUGUCAACCUCAUUGGCACCCUCUAUGUCACCCGUAUUGCGAGCGUCUUUCUCCGCCACAACCGGGGCCCAGGGGUUGACCGUUCUAUUCUCCUCUUCUCAUGUGCCGCGGGCUUCAAGGAAACUCCCGGUGUAUCCGUCUACCAGGCCGCCAAGCACGGGGUACAAGGCCUGAUGCGCUCCCUGCGCAACAACUUCUCCUCUCCUUACAAGCACAGCAUUCGCAUCAACACGAUCUGCCCGUGGAUGACACAAACAGGCAACUCCUUCCCCAAGAAAAUUGAGGACCGUUGGGCAAAGGAAGGCCUUCCCAUUAGCACCGCGCAGGACGUGGCUAGGGUCUCAGCCGGAGUGAUGUGCGAUGACUCCCUCAACGGAGCUUCCAUGUUCGUCGCGGGCACCCGCGCCUGGGAGAUCGAGGGCAACAUCGACCGCCUCGAGUCUCAGUGGCUGGGUGAGGAACCCGCCCAAACCCUUGCACAGGGGCAAAAGGUUCUGCAGGAGACUCUUGCUGCGUAG